AUGUUAUCCUCAUCAAUAGCAGCAGCCUCCGGUUGUUCCUCCUUAUCCUUAUCCUUAUCCUUCUCCUUACCAAUAAAACUAUUAGCAGGCACAGCAUUAGCAACACUAGCCACAGCAACACCCACAACAGGAACACCAGAAUUAGCAGAAUCAUCAGCGAAGGCUUGCUCACCUGAACAACCUCCUCAUUAUUAA